UCGCUAUGUGGGUAGUCUCAUUUAUAAACUAUCAGUCUAUUGAUGGUCGUGAGUUCGAAUCCUGGGGUGAUGAUGAACCAAAUUAAGAGUCCUUAUUUAUCCAAAACAUGGGUAAUUGCUUAAAAAAGAGUAGCGGAGAUGAUAUAUCACUUAUUCGGGGAAGUGAAAAUACAGGACACGAGAAUGGACCAAUGCAAAUAUAUCAGGAAUCAACGCAGCAAAUGUUUUAUCCAUCAUCCAGUUCCAACUUUAUUAACAGUCAGCACACAGUCGUCGUUUCUACCUCAGCCCCGCCAUUAUCUGAGGAAGAUCAAAUAAAGAUCGCCAAACGAAUCGGUUUAGUGCAGCAUCUGCCUAUUGGCACAUACGAUGGCAAUUCAAAAAAAAAAGCUCGUGAAUGCGUAAUAUGUAUGGUAGAAUUUUGUGUAGAUGAAGCUGUACGCUUUUUGCCUUGCAUGCACAUUUAUCAUGUACAUUGUAUUGAUGAUUGGCUUAUGCGUAGCUUAACUUGCCCAAGUUGUUUGGAACCAGUCGAUGCUGCUUUGUUAACCAGUUACGAAACAUAACGAUGAUUUCUUCAACAUUUAAGUGUAUUUCCGUGCAGUGUGUGAUCUGCGUUAUAACACAAUUCAGAAUUAGAGCCUAUGGUUAGCUUAGUGCUACUUAAAAUUACAAAACGAAUCGUGUCGACAGAAAAUUUUCAAAAUUAUACAAUCACAUAUACGUUAUUGGAACAUUGACAUAUGUAUGUACUUCUAUUGUAACUAUUUCAGUCAUUUGGUUUUUGCUUACAACUACAUACAUAUAU